AUGUCGAUAAUUUCAAAGAAGUUUCCAGAUGACUUGAUAGCUUUGAUACGCUCCUCAAAGUAUGUCCAUGUUGCUACUUGUUCGAAAUACUGUGAGCCAUCGGUAUCACUGAUGAACUACGUUUACUUGGAAAAACCACAGCUAUUCUCUGAAUUCUUUUGUGCUGAUUUAAAAGGAGCAUAUGAAGACUCCGAUGGUAUAGAUAAUGGGUAUAUUAUAUUUGCUACUUUUGAUGAAACGGAGAAAAUCGGCAACAUACGAGAAAACCCAAAAGUAUCACUGUUGUUCCACGAUUGGAUAUCAGCAAAUAACCUUUCUCUUCGUAAAGGUAAUCCUCUACUGAACUCAUCUGGAUCAAUUGAGUUUUCUCCGCAAUACAGUCACGGCAAUAGGAUAUCAAAUGUUCUCAAUAAUCUUGAGGACAAUGAAUUGAACCAGAUGAGUGCUACAAUUACGGGGCAUGCACGAAUAGUUGACUGUGAUUCAGAUGAAUCUACAUACUAUAUGAGAUUACUUUUAGGUGCUAACCCAGAUGCUGAUAUUUUUAUUUUAGCUGAAAAUGCCGUAAUUGUUAUAGUCAAGAUGUUAGAUGCUAAAGUUUCUGACAAUGAAAACAAUGUUGGUAUUUAUAAGUGA